GAAAAUUUUCAAAGCCGAAGAACUUUGUGCAAAGAGCCAGGAAAAGUGUAGACACAUCGCCCUCACCGACAACAACUGCCAAAUCAAAGUUCAAGAUGGCUGCGCCCAUGGAAGUUGUGCUUUCGAGCGAUAUUUCAGGACAAAUGUGGAAUUCUUGUAUUUGGGACCCUCAUACGGGAACCUCACUGAUGUCAUAUAAAGGGGGAAGCAGUGCACCUCGAACUUUAUGUCUGCUUGGUAAAGAUUAUUUAAUAGCAGCAGUUAAUUGCCAUCCCCUUCUUCAUGUGUGGGCGCUUCACAGACAGGACCAGCAGCAGAGUCGUAUCGUGUGUCCAGGAUUGGUUACUGCAUUGGAUACAUCACCUUGUGGUCAUUACUGUGUUGCUGGUAUUGUUGAAAGGCUUCAUGUGUGGCAUGUCAAUACAGGUCGACUUUUGGCAGUACUAAGCAGACACUAUCAACAAAUAACAUGUUUAGAGUUUACAGACGAUGGUAGUCAUAUUGUGUCUGGCGCAGAAGAUAGUUUGGUAUUAGUUUGGUCCAUGGCAAGCAUUUUACAGAAUUCCAGUGGUUUCGGUAGUGCAAUAGAACCAGUGUAUGUGUGGUCAGGUCACUCUCUACCAAUAACAGAUUUACACUGUGGCCAUGGUGGUGUCAUGUCAAGGGUUGCAUCAAGUUCUUUGGAUCAAACAUGUAAAGUAUGUGCUCUAUUUUGUAAACUUGUUAUGUUUAUGGAGUUGAACAGACCUCAGACUGGUAACGAUGAUAAAGAAGAUCAGUUUUCUCUCACUUUUAAAAAACAUCUGUGA